UAGACCUUAGUGCUUGGAUUGGAGGCGGUUUGUGCUUUGGCUUUCUUUCUAUUUCCAGAGUCCAUCACAGUGACAGUUAGCAUCAGACACAUUCAAUGGCUUCUCACGGCGAACAUCACCACCACCACCAUCAUGAUCAUGGUCAUGAUCACGAUCACGAACAUGAUCAUGACGGUGAAAAGGGAGAGGGGAAGUCAUGGGUAGGCAAGGAUGGUAGGGUGUACCACAGCCAUGAUGGUCUGGCGCCGCAUUCUCACGAACCCAUCUACUCUCCUGGCUUCUUCAGCAGAAGAGCCCCUCCUCUUAACAGGAAUUUCAACGAAAGAGCCUUCACUGUCGGAAUUGGUGGACCUGUCGGCACUGGGAAAACAGCUCUCAUGUUGGCCCUUUGUGAAUUCCUUCGGGAUAACUACAGUCUCGCUGCUGUGACUAAUGAUAUAUUCACCAAAGAGGAUGGUGAAUUCUUGGUGAAGCACAAAGCUCUUCCAGAAGAAAGGAUACGCGCUGUGGAAACUGGGGGCUGCCCACAUGCUGCCAUUCGGGAAGACAUUAGUAUUAAUCUUGGACCUCUGGAGGAGCUUUCUAACCUCUUCAAAGCAGAUAUACUUCUUUGUGAAUCCGGGGGAGAUAACCUGGCUGCCAAUUUUAGCAGGGAAUUGGCUGACUACAUAAUUUACAUAAUAGAUGUAUCUGGUGGUGAUAAAAUUCCUAGGAAAGGUGGUCCUGGAAUCACACAAGCUGAUCUCCUUGUGAUAAACAAGACUGACCUUGCUCCGGCAAUUGGGGCUGAUUUAGCAGUCAUGCAGCGGGAUGCUUUGCGGAUGAGAGACGGAGGACCAUUUGUCUUUGCACAGAUCCCAAUUAUCAUUCACUUCCUUUCAGCAUUGAAGUAAUAGCAAAACUGGUGAAGCAUAAGGUUGGAGUAGAAGAAAUUGUGAAUCAUGUCUUACAGGCGUGGGAAGCAACGACAGGGAAUAAACUCCAUUAACGUGUCUUUCUAAAAUUGUUUUCUUUUUGUCGCAUAUUCUGAUAGCAUGUUGAGAAACAACUUCCCGAACAUUCUUGUUCCUGCAUGUUACCAUAAUAACUUCAUCGACAUGUUACUGCUUGGACCUAUUAA